AUGCGGAUCGAGGAGAACACUGGUGUCAGCAGCAGGAAGCUGAAUUUCAGUGGCCUGAGGGUCCCAGUGACAGGAGCAGGGAAAGGGAUUGGACCGCACACUGUGAAGGUCCUGCACGCCUCAGGAGCCAAAGUGGUGGCCGUGACUUGGACCAACCCAGACCUGGUCAGCCUCGCCAAAGAGUGUCCCAGGAUAGAGUCGUGUGUAGACCUGGAUGACUAGGAGGUCACAGAGGAGGAGCUGGGUGGUAUAGGCCCUGUGGACUUGCUGGUAAACAACGCAGGGGUGGUGCUGAUGCAGCCUUUUAUAGAGACUACAAAGGAAAUCUUUGACAGGUCCUUGAACGUGAAUGUGCAAACCGUCGUGCAGGUGUCCCAGAUGCAGACCUGGAGAAGGUGGGGUGGGAUCAUGCAUUUGUUUGCCCAAACUCUUGACUUCCAGAUGGUAGCCAGAGGCAUGAUUAACCAUGGAGUGGCAGGAUCCAUUGUCACCUAUCCUGACAUGACCACCUACUGUGGGUGCAUUGUGGUAGGAACAGGAGUAGGUUCUGCUAUGCUGACCAAAGCCAUGGCCAUGGAACUGGGGCCACACCAGAUUCGGGUAAACUCCGUAAACCCCACUGUGGUGCUGACUGACAUGGGCAAGAAAGUCUCUGCAGACACUGAGUUUGCCAGGAAGCUCAAGGAGCGCCACCCACUGAGGAAGUUCGCAGAGGUUGAAGACGUUAUCAACAGCAUCCUCUUCCUGCUCAGCGACAGCAGCGCCUCUACCAGUGGCGGUGGCAUCCUGGUGGAUGCUGGCUACCUGGUCUCCUAG